GGUUUUAGCAUCAUAUUUUCAGGGAUUUUCAUUUAAAAAAUAAUCUGGGUAAAUAAUUUGAGUGAUUGUAGUUGUAAUUGUUCAUCUUCCAACUCUUUCUCUCUAUCUCUCUCUCUUACAGGAGCGAGAAAGAAAGAGAGUCGAAGCUGCUUUUAUUUUUCAUUUUUCCGUUUCCAAUUUAUUAUUUCUUCACUUGUUCCUUCUUUUCAUUUUUCUUAUUCUUAUCUUACCAACCUAUAUCAAUUCAAUCGAUCCAUUCUGAUUUUGUUUUUGAUAUUUCUCCUUUUCUUCCAGUUUCUCUAUAAACCCUAGAACAACCUCUCCUUUUCUUUCAUUUCCCAUGAAUUUCAAUUUCAAUUCAUUAAUUAUCUGAUUUUGGUAUACCCAAUAAGAAUAAUAAUAUAACCAUUUGUGACUUGUGAUUUUGUUGGACUUCGGAAUUGAAUUGUCAACGACGAUCCCUCUCUCUUUUCAGUCGCCCAACGGAGUUUCCCUAUCGCAGGGUUAGGGUUAGGGUUCGAGGAUCAUCGGCAAGAAUGGAAGCAACUGGUGGAAGUUCCGACGGACACAGAGAUAGAGAUAGAGAUAGAGAUGGAGAUGGAGAUAGGGAUAGAGAUAGAGAAAGAGGAAGCUCCGCUAAUUCCAAUUCUAGGCGUUAUAGGCUGCAUUUGUCUGCUUCCAAUUUCAUACGUUCCCCAGUCUCUGCUCUAUUAGAGUAUUCCGGUCUAUUACGGCCCCGCUCCACCGCCACCCACGAAUCCGAUUCUCUCAUCCCUCCCACCUCCUCUCCCCAUAUUCAUGAUUCUUCGUCUAAUGGCGGUGAGGUCUCCAUUAGGAUUAUUGGUGCCUCUGAACACGAUCACGACCGACUUGACCCUUCUACUACAACCUCUACAGGGGUGCAACUUCAACCAUGCCCUACUGAUCAGUCUCUGUCCGUGCCUGUUUCUUCCACCGUGUUGGAUGCCCAGGAGGACUCCUCCAGGGCUGCUGACACUCAGUUCUCUAGCUCCUCUACGGAUGCUGAAGCCGCUGAUGGCGCUGCUGCCAACAAUCGGGAUGCUACUUAUCAGAGGUAUGACAUUCAACAGGCUGCCCGAUGGAUCGAGCAGGUUCUUCCUUUUUCGUUGCUCCUACUCGUUGUCUUUAUCCGCCAACAUCUGCAAGGUUUUUUUGUUACAAUUUGGAUUGCUGUUUUUAUGUUCAAGUCUAAUGACAUCAUGCGUAAACAAACUGCUCUUAAGGGAGAGAGGAAGAUUCCUAUUCUGGUUGGCAUCUGUAUUUUGUUCACACUUCAUGUUGCCGGUGUUUACUGGUGGUACAGAAAUGAUGACCUUCUCUAUCCAUUGAUUAUGAUACCUCCAAAAGAGAUACCUCCCUUCUGGCAUGCUGUUUUUAUCAUCAUGGUCAACGACACCCUCGUCCGCCAGGCAGCUAUGGUCGCCAAGUGCAUUCUACUCAUAUAUUACAAAAAUAGCAGAGGAAGAAAUUAUCGUAGGCAGGGGCAAAUGCUGACUUUGGUUGAGUAUCUUUUGCUACUGUAUCGUGCACUGUUGCCAACUCCAGUUUGGUAUAGGUUCUUCCUGAACAAGGAAUAUGGAAGCCUCUUUUCAUCUCUAAUGACUGGGUUGUAUUUGACUUUUAAGCUCACUUCUGUUGUUGAAAAGGUGCAAUCAUUCUUUGCGUCAGUUAAGGCAUUGUCGCGUAAAGAGAUCCACUACGGAGCUUAUGCAACUUCAGAGCAGGUCACUGCUGCUGGAGAUAUGUGUGCUAUUUGUCAGGAGAAGAUGCAUGCUCCAAUCCUACUCCGUUGUAAACACAUUUUUUGCGAAGGUUGUGUGUCAGAGUGGUUUGAGAGGGAGAGAACAUGUCCUCUAUGUAGGGCUUUGGUGAAGCCUGCAGAUCUCAAAUCAUUUGGUGAUGGAUCAACUAGUCUGUUUUUUCAGUUAUUCUGAGCAAGGAGUUUUUCUUCCUUGAAUCCUUCCUUUAUUGAAAAGCCAAUAAUCAAGCACUUCCAUGAUUCAUUCAGAACCAAAGAAACUACAUUUAAGCUGCACUGCUGGUUGUUGGCUACAAGAAUCUAAGCCACUGAUUGACACAUAACUCGACAGGGUCUGUUUAUAUGUUAUAUUAAAAACAUCUACUUGUAACUAAGUUAGCUCGUAAAUUUAUAGAGAACGCGUACAUUAAAACAUUGUAUACAACUGUGCAAUCUCCAGUAAUGGAAGUUUUCUGAAGGAAACAUUAUUGUGCAUCCUGUCACUUUGUUGCUGAAAAGUUACCUCUUCAUUGAUUUUC